AUGCACAAGGUGUCACAUCUGAAAAGAAACCUGAGCCCCAGGGAGGCGGCGCGGAGCGACCCAGGCCGGGCUGGCGCUAACCGCGCGGGAGGGCUCCUGGCAGCGCUGGAGGACAGAGGCAGCUCCGUCGCAGAGGACCUUAGCGACCUGAUCCUAGGAUCCCGGCUCCACGCUCUCCUCGCAUUUUUCAGACCCCCCCACCACCGGUCUUUCUCCAAAACGGAGCCUUUAUAUCGAGAGAAGGUGCGGGAGCUGGGGCAACCAGGACUUUCGCGGGCACCCAAGAUGCGCUCCAUUAGGAAGAGGUGGACGAUCUGCACUAUAAGUCUGCUCCUGAUCUUUUAUAAGACAAAAGAAAUAGCAAGAACUGAGGAGCACCAGGAGACGCAACUCAUUGGGGAUGGUGAAUUGUGUUUGAGCCGAUCACUUGUGAAUAGUUCUGAUAAAAUCAUUCGAAAGGCUGGAACGACAAUCUUCCAGCACUCUGUGGAAGGUUGGAAAAUCAAUUCCUCUUUGGUCCUGGAGAUAAGGAAGAAUAUUCUUCGUUUCUUAGAUGCUGAACGAGAUGUCUCAGUAGUCAAGAGCAGUUUUAAGCCUGGUGAUGUCAUUCACUAUGUGCUUGACAGGCGCCGGACAUUAAAUAUUUCUCACGAUCUACAUAGCCUCCUACCUGAAGUUUCGCCAAUGAAAAACCGCAGGUUUAAGACUUGUGCAGUUGUUGGAAAUUCUGGCAUUCUGCUAGACAGUGAAUGUGGAAAGGAGAUUGACAGUCAUGAUUUUGUAAUAAGGUGUAACCUAGCUCCUGUGGUGGAGUUUGCUGCAGAUGUGGGAACUAAAUCAGAUUUUAUUACCAUGAAUCCAUCAGUUGUGCAAAGAGCAUUUGGAGGCUUUCGGAAUGAGAGUGACAGAGAAAAAUUUGUGCAUAGACUUUCCAUGCUGAAUGACAGUGUCCUUUGGAUUCCUGCUUUCAUGGUCAAAGGAGGAGAGAAGCAUGUGGAAUGGGUUAAUGCAUUAAUCCUUAAGAAUAAACUGAAAGUGCGAACUGCCUAUCCAUCAUUGAGACUUAUUCACGCUGUCAGAGGUUACUGGCUAACAAACAAAGUUCCCAUCAAAAGACCCAGCACAGGUCUCCUCAUGUAUACACUUGCCACAAGAUUCUGUGAUGAAAUUCACCUGUAUGGAUUCUGGCCAUUCCCUAAGGAUUUAAAUGGAAAAGCUGUCAAAUAUCAUUACUAUGAUGACUUAAAAUAUAGGUACUUUUCCAAUGCAAGUCCUCACAGAAUGCCAUUAGAAUUCAAAACGUUAAAUGUGCUACAUAAUAGAGGAGCUCUAAAAUUGACAACAGGAAAGUGUAUAAAGCAAUAAAGCACAUUUUAAAACAUACAAACAAACCGAAUAUGCACUUCUGUUCUGAAGAUGCUUCUGAAGAUUUGAAAACAGGAUCCAAAACAAGGCUGGGUUUCAGCAUUCACCAAUUAACUGAAAGGUUGAUAAAGGAUGUUCAUGUGAAAUCCACUACCAGCUGAUGAAAUACCUGCAAAGUGCUCUAAAAAUUAAAUAUUUUGACUUCAAGGGUCCUAGUAAGUGCCACUUCCACUAAGAAUACAGUUUGAAUGUAUAAUCAGUAGUGUUUACAAGAUCAAACAAUGCAUUUGUCAUUAAUUAGCAAAGCAAAUAUGUUCGUCAAUUUUGGGCUGCCGCUGCAAAGCAAAGCACAUGAGAAGAGGAACCCAGGAACACAACUCAGCCCUUGGGAAAUUAAAUCAUCCUUAUCAGCAGAAAUCAAGAUGGAACAAUUUGAGCAGUGAAAUCCAUAAGAUUAGACAACUCAAGUAAAUGCCUUCAGUCAGGACUCUGAGUCUGAUCAUGAAUGUUAUGUUUUUGUUUGUGUUUUUUUAAUUUUUUGGGGGGUGGGGGGAUGUCUUCUGAAGUCUCUUUUGAUUUAGAUACUGCGAUGCUCAGAAAUCAUUUCUGAGAUAAAGAAAUAGGAAAUACAAAUGAAUGAGAAAAAUAAAUGUCAAGUAAUCAUUACUAAAGUUCUCAUAGUUUUCAAAAACAAUCACACUGUUUCUAUUUUUAAGUUUUGUUUUGCACAACUCUAAACCUCCAGAUUAAUUUCCAGUGGUGUAGAAGGUACCAGCUAAACUGUACCACUUAGUAAUAGUGGACCAUUUUAAAGGAAAGAUGUUCCAGAUCAUCUAAAAUGGUAAAAUUAACAGRAAAAAAAAGCACUUUAGGUACCAAAGAUUAUACUCAUUUUUCUACACAACAUACCAUUCUCCUCUCAUGAAAGUAAUACAUUAUCAAAGUGAAUUUAGUAUUAUGCUAUUAACGUGAAAGUUGUUUCUAAAUAUUUUUAAAUUUCCAAAGUCAAAUUUUAUUUUCAUUGGAGGGAAAUCUUCCAUAUUCCCUUCAUUUCAUAAUGAUUCUGUGGAAACAUUUUGCUCUUUAGAAUAAAGAGGGGCAUCAAGAGUAAGCAAGAAAAUAAAAAAAUAUAUAAUAAAAGAAUAAGUUUAGAAUAAAGUUUGAUAUAGCAGAAAUGUGACUUCUAGUUGUUUAAUAWUCCCCUGUGAUUCAAAGGCAAAGAUUGUUAUGCUCUUUGUAUCAUACUUAGUGCAAAAAUAUCAUGAUUAAUAUCAGAGAUGAUAAAUGUUAAGAGGUUUAACAAUGAAACUAUGUCAGUGUUAKGUACUUAAAGUGAAUUCAAUUGACCAAUAGUUUUCUGUAAAUUUAAUCACAUUACCCCUAAAUGUAUUUUUAAAGAAACUAAAGUUUUUCAUAAGGUGAUUUUUUUUAAAGUAUAAAAUAUAACAGAAUGGGUCAGUAAGUUAGUUUUCUUAUAAUUUAUACUGCACCAGUAGGUAAUUCUGUU